CAAAAUCUGAACAUUAAUUGUAGAGAAGAAUAAGUGUUGAACUGUGAUGUGUCGUUGGAUUCUCUCUCUCUCUUCUUUCUCUCUCUACAAAUAUAAACAUUCAAUAAUUAAAUAAAUUACUAUCUUACUAUAUAUCGAAUCCAAUCCAGGCGAAUAUACAUACACAUAUAUAGAGAGAGAAAGAAGAGAGAGAGAGAGAGAAGAUUGAAAUCUGAGAUGAAGAUUGUGGUGGUGUUUGUAAUUUUGGUUAUCAUCAGAAGCAGUGAAAGCUUCUUUGUCGAUAUUACAUAUGCUCAGAGUGCUGUUGCAAAAGGGGCUGUGUGUUUGGAUGGGAGUCCACCGGCGUAUCAUAUCGACAAAGGAUUCGGACAAGGCAUUAACAAUUGGUUGGUUCAUUUUGAGGGAGGUGGAUGGUGCAACAAUGUCACGACUUGCCAAGCCCGAAAAAGCACCCGGUUGGGUUCGUCGAAGCUAAUGGUUAAGCAAGUUGCAUUUUCCGGAAUCUUUAGCAACCAAGCAAAGUUUAAUCCCGAUUUCUAUAAUUGGAAUCGAGUCAAGGUAAGAUAUUGCGAUGGCUCAUCUUUUACCGGCGACGUGGAAGCUGUGAAUCCUGCGAAUAAACUUUACUUCCGAGGCGCGAGGGUCUUCGUUGCUAUCAUCGAAGAACUACUCGCAAAUGGGAUGAAAAAUGCGGAAAAUGCUGUUAUCUCCGGGUGCUCGGCUGGUGGAUUGACGUCGAUCCUCCAUUGUGAUAGAUUCAGGGCACUUCUCCCCCCGAGCGCGAAAGUAAAAUGCUUCGCGGAUGCCGGAUUUUUCAUCAACGCUCGGGAUGUUUCUGGAGCUUCGCACAUCGAAAAAUUCUACAACGAUGUUGUCCAAACCCACGGAUCAGCGAAGAACUUGCCUUCAUCGUGUACCUCUAGAAUGAACCCAGGCUUGUGCUUUUUCCCGCAAAAUGUGGUUCCGGGAGUUCAGACGCCUCUUUUUCUCGUAAACGCGGCCUACGAUUCAUGGCAGAUAAAGAAUAUAUUGGCACCCGGCGUAGCUGAUCCGCACGGCACAUGGCACAACUGCAAGACCGAUAUUACUAAAUGUUCGAGCGCGCAGCUCCAAACGAUGCAAGGGUUCAGAUUGGAGUUUCUAAAGGCACUCGGCGGCGUAGGCUCGACAAAGGGGUUUUUCAUAAACUCGUGCUACGCACAUUGCCAAACCGAGACGCAAGAAACCUGGUUGAGAGGCGAUUCACCCCUAUUGGACGGAAAGUCGAUAGCAGCAGCAGUAGGAGACUGGUAUUACGACAGAAGUCCGUUCCAGAAGAUCGAUUGUCCGUACCCUUGCGAUAAAACCUGCCAUAACCGACUUUUUGAGUAAGGCGAGCGCCUGCACGGUACGCUCGAAAACAUUUAAUACUCGUAAAGAAAAAAUAUACAUAUGCGAAAGGCGAUGUCUCGAAGACAUACUUCGAUUAUUUGUCAAGGCUUCUAAUAAAGGAAAUAAUGUGCGACCGAAUCCGAGCUAUUUAUUCGAUGUUGCAACAUUAUUGAUGUAUUCGUUAAUCGUUACUACGUUGUAUGCGUCGAUUAUUUGGAAGAACAUUACAUUGUAAAGGAGUGUUUAUGUGGACAUGCUUCAAAUGUUGUAAUAAGGACACAGAUUCGGAUCA